ACUCCCUCCCUCCUCUUGUUGAGUGAUUUGAGGACCAGUCUCUUCUCACUUGAUCAUCCUCUGGAUUCUGGUCAAGCCCCAAAUGACGAUCUUGUCCUUCUUCACCAGAGCUUCAAGAGCUUUCAAUGGCCACCCUGUUGCCUCCAAGCUUCUGGUGCUCUGUACUAUCAGUAGCGGAGGUCUCCUGGCGUAUGCAGAAUCGCAGUCCAACGUUGGCUCUCCUGUUGUCGAUCCUAAUCAAAACGAGUCUAGGAAAAAGAGAGUGGUGGUGCUUGGGACAGGAUGGGCUGGUACUAGUUUCCUUAAGUACCUUGAUGCUUCAGCUUAUGAUGUUCAGGUUGUUUCACCCCGAAAUUAUUUUGCGUUUACUCCUUUGUUACCGAGUGUCACAUGUGGGACGGUUGAAGCACGAAGCAUAGUAGAACCCGUUCGAAAUAUCAUAAAAAAGAGAAAUGGAGAGAUCAAAUUUUGGGAAGCAGAAUGUGUCAAGAUUGAUGCAGCAAAUAAAAAUGUUUCCUUGCGGGCUAAUUUUGACCAAAACUUGGUGGGAAAUAAGGAAUUUUCCCUUGACUAUGACUACUUGGUCAUAGCUUUAGGAGCACAAGUGAACACUUUUAACACCCCUGGUGUCAAGGAGAACUGUCAUUUUCUGAAGGAAGUGGAAGAUGCUCAAAAGAUACGUAUGAGUGUGAUAGAUUGCUUUGAAAUGGCUAUACUUCCAGGUCUAAGUGAAGAAGAGCGGAGGAGAAAUCUUCAUUUUGUAAUUGUUGGAGGAGGUCCUACUGGUGUGGAAUUUGCUGCAGAGCUGCAUGAUUAUUUCCAAGAAGAUUUAGUCAAGUUAUAUCCUAUGGUUAAGGAUCUUGUGAAAAUAACAGUUAUCCAAUCUGGAGAUCACAUCUUGAACAUGUUCGAUGACAGAAUUAGUACUUUUGCUGAGAAGAAGUUUACAAGAGAUGGUAUUGAUGUUCAAACAGGAUGUCGGGUUGUCAGUGUUUCUGAUAAGGAAAUCACGAUGAAGGUGAAAUCGAAGGGAGAGGUUUGCUCUAUACCACAUGGCUUGGUUGUGUGGUCUACUGGUGUUGGGACUCGUCCAGUUGUGAGGGACUUUAUGCAACAAAUUGGGCAGGCUGAUAAACGUGUUCUAGUAACUGACGAAUGGCUGCAUGUAAAGGGAUGUGAAGAUGUGUAUGCCAUUGGUGAUUGUGCUUCAAUUAGUCAACGUAAAAUCAUGGAAGAUAUCUUCACCAUAUUUAAAGCUGCGGACAAAGAUAACUCUGGUACCUUAACAGUUGAUGAAUUUCGAGAUGUAGUUGACGACAUAAUCAUAAGGUACCCCCAAGUGGAACUCUAUUUAAAGAGCAAGCAUCUGCAGGAUGUGACAGACCUAUGGAAAGAUCUCGAUGGUAGUGAUAAGAAGGAAGUGAACGUGGAAGAAUUUAAAUUAGCCCUUUCUCAAGUGGAUUCACAGAUGAAGAGUCUGCCUGCAACUGCUCAGGUUGCUGCGCAACAGGGAACAUAUCUUUCUAGUUGCUUUAACCGGAGGGAGCACUGCAAAGAGCAUCCUGAAGGUCCGAGGCGUUUUAAAAGUUCUGGGCAACAUGAGUUUCUUCCCUUUCGGUACAAGCAUUUCGGGCAAUUUGCUCCGUUGGGGGGAGAGCAAGCAGCAGCAGAGCUACCCGGAGACUGGGUUUCCAUGGGUCAUAGCACACAAUGGCUCUGGUAUUCUGUAUACGCAAGCAAGCAAGUGAGCUGGCGCACUAGAGUUCUUGUGGUAUCGGACUGGACCAGGAGAUUCAUUUUCGGGAGAGAUUCAAGCCGUAUUUGAAGAGGGCAAAGCGCAUUUCUGGCACAUGUAAAUUGUUAUCCUUAAUAGCUAGGUUCAUUGUUGUGCCAUGAUGAGUGUUUGCAUUUGCUUAUGCGAUUCGUUUACUGUCAAAAUGUCGAAACUUACUGCGGUAAAUAUCUUCUUUUGUACAUUCUUCUGAAUGUGCGAAAUGUCGAACGUACUUGGUAAAUAUGAUGUUCUAUCAAAUCCUUCUGAA